UAAACAACAACCAAAAAUACUGUAUCAACUCAUAGACCGACACUUUUAGUUUUUUUCUGUUGGUUCACUCACAUUGCAUCGGGAACAAAGCUGCAUUAUUUUCGAAUUUAAGAAUUUUGUUAGAAAGAUUAAUCAAACAACAAUAAUGGCAGACGCUGAAAGCGCACAAAAACGAUGGGAAAUCGAAAACGAAAUCGAAACACUUCCACCCAGCGAUGAAAUAUUUCGAUACGAUGGACAAGAACAGCAACAGUUUUUAUCAGCUCGUCCAUGGGAAAAAGAUCCACAUUACUUUAAGGAUAUUCAAAUCUCGGCAUUGGCAUUACUCAAAAUGGUGAUGCAUGCCCGUUCAGGUGGUUCAUUGGAAAUUAUGGGUCUGUUGUUAGGAAAAGUCGUUGAAAAUACAAUGAUUGUGAUGGAUGCGUUUGCAUUGCCGGUUGAAGGAACAGAAACGCGUGUCAAUGCACAAUCACAAGCAUACGAAUACAUGACGGCAUAUAUUGAAUCCGCAUCGGAAGUUGGACGCUUGGAAAAUGCAAUUGGCUGGUAUCACAGUCAUCCGGGCUACGGUUGUUGGUUAUCUGGUAUUGAUGUGUCAACACAAAUGCUGAAUCAAAAUUUCCAAGAACCAUUUGUGGCCAUUGUUGUUGAUCCAGUGCGUACGGUGUCGGCUGGAAAAGUGUGCUUGGGCGCAUUUCGAACAUAUCCCAAAGGUUAUAAACCACCAAAUGAAGAACCAUCGGAAUAUCAAACAAUUCCAUUGAAUAAAAUUGAAGAUUUUGGCGUUCAUUGCAAACAAUAUUAUGCGUUAGAAGUGAGCUAUUUCAAAUCGGCUUUAGAUCGAAAAUUGCUCGAUUCAUUGUGGAAUAAGUACUGGGUCAAUACAUUAGGCAGUUCGGGUUUGUUAAGCAACACCGAAUAUACAACCGGUCAAAUAUUCGAUUUAUCAGAAAAAUUGGAACAAAGCGAAGCCAGUUUGGGAAGGGGGCCAUUUGUUGUAUCAAGCGGUGAUCCAAAUGAAAAACGUACUGAAGACAAACUCACAAAGGCCACACGAGACUGCAGCCGCGCAUCAAUUGAACUGAUUCAUGGCCUAAUGGCACAAGUGGCAAAGGACAAACUCUUCAACUCCAUUGGCACCAAGAAAUUGAACCAAAUUUAAGAAGAAACAGAAAAUCUCUCGGAUAAAAGAUAAUUCAACAUUGUUUCUAAUUUAAUGUAAAGCAAAUAAAUUUCAAACUUUUAUGUAGCUUA